AAACCUUCCAUGUGAUCAGAAACCCUGCAUCGGAAACCCUAGCAGCUGCAAUGCAGAUAUUCGUGAAAACCCUUACGGGGAAGACCAUCACCCUUGAGGUGGAGUCUUCAGACACCAUCGAUAAUGUCAAGGCCAAGAUCCAGGAUAAGGAGGGCAUCCCACCGGACCAGCAGCGUCUCAUCUUCGCCGGAAAGCAGCUCGAGGACGGCCGCACCCUCGCCGACUACAACAUCCAAAAGGAGUCCACUCUCCACCUUGUCCUCCGUCUCCGCGGUGGUGCCAAGAAGCGCAAGAAGAAGACAUAUACCAAGCCUAAAAAGAUCAAGCACAAGCACAAGAAGGUGAAGCUCGCCAUCUUGCAGUUUUAUAAGGUUGACGACUCCGGCAAGGUGCAGAGGCUCCGCAAGGAGUGCCCCAACACCGAGUGCGGCGCUGGAACCUUCAUGGCUAACCACUUCGAUCGUCACUACUGCGGCAAGUGCGGUCUCACCUAUGUCUACCAGAAGGCCGAUGCAUAAUCCGUAAUGAAUUUGCUUUUCUUAUUAGUAUUUUUAGUUUUUAAAAGUUUUGUUUCAUGUUUGUCUAAUUAAACUUUUAUCAAUACUUUAUCGAUUUGGAUUAUCUAUUAUUCGCUUU